AUGACGUCCCUCCAAGUCCUCGAUUUGUCAUGGAAUUUUAACGAGGACAUGGUGACCACAAGAAAUCUGGAGAAUCUUUGCAGUUUGGAAAUUCUUGACGUUAGUGUUAAUAAUAUGAAUGGUGAUAUAGCAGUCUUGGUGGAGGCGUUGCCACAGUGUGCAUGGAAACAAUUUCAGGAGCUGCAUUUCGAUCAAAACAUGUUCACUGGAACCCUGCCAAAUUUGUUAGAGAAAUUCACCGACUUGAACACACUUGAACUCUCCAGUAACAGACUCACUGGAGGUAUCCCCUGCAAAAUUGGUGCCCUUACUAAUCUGGUUUCUUUGAACCUAGGAGGCAACUACUUCAGUGACAGUGUACCUUCUGAAAUUGGUGCCCUUACUAAUUUAGCUUCUUUGGACCUAAGCUACAACAACUUCAGUGGUAGGGUACCCUCUGAAAUUGGUGCCCUUACUAAUUUAGCUUCUUUGGACUUAAGCUACAACAACUUCAGUGGUAGGGUACCUUCUGAAAUCGGUGCCCUUACUAAUUUAGCUUAUUUGGACCUAAGGUACAACAACUUCAGUGGUCUGAAGGAUAAGGUCCCUGAUUGGUUUUGGUCUACCUUUUCAUAUACCAAGUAUCUGGACGUCUCUUACAACCAAAUAAGUGCCAGCUUGCCGGCACACUUGCCUGACAUGUCUUUUGAAGUACUCAACCUUAGAUCAAACCAGUUCACCGGACCAUUACCAUGUCUACCCAGAAACAUCACCAUAUUAGACAUCUCCGCCAACACAUUUUCUGGAAGACUGCCAUCAUAUCUUGAAGCUCCAAAACUUAGUUCAUUGCUUAUCAAUUCAAAUAAAUUUGGUGGUGACAUUCCAGAAUCUAUAUGCAAAUCGAUCUAUUUGGAAUGUCUUGAUUUUUCAAACAAUAUUUUGGAGGGAAAAAUCCCACAGUGCUUUGUGGUCGAAUUAAUCAAGUACCUUCUGUUAAGCAACAACAGUUUAUCAGAUUUAACUGCGGUAAUACAUCAUGCUUCUGCUAAUGAUGGUCAAUUUGGAGAUAUCCUGUCAAUAGUUACAAAAGGGCGACAACUUUCAUAUGGAGGCACCCUUGCAUAUUUUGUGGGCAUUGAUUUAUCAGAAAACUUAUUAACUGGUGGAAUUCCAGCAGAUAUCACUUCCCUUGAUGCAGCAACAAGUUUAAAUUUAUCAUCCAACCAUCUCAGUGGAAAGAUACCUAAGGAGAUUAGUGCCUUGCAUUCAUUGGAAUCUCUUGACCUCUCGAUGAACAAGCUUUCUGGUGAAAUCCCAUCAAGCUUAUCAAGUUUAACAUCCUUGAGUUACUUGAACUUGUCCUACAACAAUUUAUCUGGAAGGAUACCCUCAAGCCACCAACUUGACACCCUCGAUGGCAACCCAGCACUUAUGUACAUUGGCAACAGUGGACUUUGUGGGCCUCCUCUCCAGAAGAAUUGUUCAGGAAAUGAUACGGGCACUAAUCAUGUUGGAAGCAGCAACCAUGAGGAAUUUGAGCUGAUGACCUUCUAUUUUGGUCUUGUCCUGGGACUUGUGGCGGGGCUUUGGAGUGUGUUCUCUGCAGUUUUGUUCAAGAAGGCAUGGAGGACUGCGUAUUUUCAACUCUUUGAUGAGAUGUAUGAAGAAUCUAUGUAUAUGUGGUUGUGA